GUGGCCUACACCGUUGAGCCGGAGCCGGAACCGGUUGCCUGCCCGGAGCCAUGAACGCCUACCUCCACUAACUCACACUUCUCCUAAAGUUUCCCCACCCCCGUCCGCCGAUCCACCACCGAUCUGGUCUCACUGCAUCCUCCUCCCCUCGCCGUCCAAGAGCGCCGGUCCGAUGGGUCGUCCGCCGAGCACCACUGGUGCUCCGGCCUUCCGCUUCCUCCCUUCCGAGGUGGCGGAGAUGGAGGCGCGCUUGCUGCAGCUCAACAACGGCAUCCCCACCCGCGCCAUGCUCCAGACUCUCGCCGAUAAGUUCUCCGCCUCGCCCGAGCGCGCCGGCAAGGUGGCCAUCCAGCCCAAGCAGGUGUGGAACUGGUUUCAGAACAGGCGUUACUCGCAUCGGGCCAAGACCACCAGGGUCGUGCCGUCUCCACCGGCUAAGAUGACCCCCUCGGGGGCCGAUCACCACCAGCACGCCGCUAACGCCUCCGCCUUCAGGGCCGCUCAGCCCUCUUCUGUCGCUGUUGCUCACCAUGGCUCCUCCUCGACAGGGAAGAACCCUAUGGAAGGUGUCUCAGUUGAGUUUGAGGCCAAGUCAGCUCGUGAUGGUGCAUGGUAUGAUGUUGCUGCCUUUCUGUCACAUAGGUUGUUUGAAUCCGGUGACCCGGAAGUGCGGGUUCGUUUUUCUGGAUUUGGGGCAGAGGAGGAUGAAUGGAUCAAUGUUCGCAAAUGUGUGCGACAACGUUCUCUUCCAUGCGAGGCCACAGAAUGCGUUGCUGUGCUUCCUGGGGACCUCAUUCUUUGUUUUCAGGAAGAUAAAGAGCAGGCUCUCUAUUUUGAUGCUCGUGUCCUUGAUGCUCAAAGGAGAAGGCAUGAUGUUAGAGGUUGCCGUUGUAGAUUUCUUGUUCGCUAUGAUCAUGACUCUUCUGAGGAAAUUGUUCCACUGAGGAAGGUGUGCCGCCGACCAGAAACUGACUACAGGCUUCAGAUUCUGCAUGCUGCUAGAGCGGCAGCCGCCAGUGCAGAUAUUCACACUCCACCCAGAGAGGCUAAAGUGGAGUUGGCAUCCAAUGCUAAGAGCCCAUAUGAGCAAAAACCCCAGAAGCAGUACAAGAUGAUGGACGUGAACACUGAUGAGGAGGUGACCAUGGUCUCCACCUUGGAACAGGAUGAGACACAAGGCAAGACUGUAGCCCCCGUACCGUCAGCAACUGCAGAAACCCGCAAUUCAAGUUCAGACGCGGUGAUGAAGGAUGCGGAGGCUUCGUCCGUGGCUCAAGACGAUGAUGAAGUGCAGGUGGUUGACAAGAUGAAAGAGGGGUAGCUUUUUUUCGCACUUUUUGUGUUUGGAGGACUUGAUGUUGUCGUACAGAGUUUUCUAAUUUAGUUUGUAGUAUAUGUUUUUCUAAUUAAGUACUCCUUCCAUUCUUUUUUAUUUGUUAUGGUUUAGUUUAGAAAUGAACUAACGCUCGUUCUUUUUUAUUUGUCACGUUAGUUUAAAAAUGAACUAGCGGACGACAAGUAUUGAGAACGGAGGUAAUACAGUACUUGUCGU